GUUGAAUGUGCUCCUUUAAUCCCUUCAAGUCAUUGCAGUUUUUAUGAAUAUAAAAUUAUAAUUGUUAUAUAUUAUUUAUUUUAUAGUUAUAUUGUAUGCAUAUAAACAUAGUGAGCUAUAAAACUUUAUAUUGAAAAAAUUAUAUUGUAAAGUGAGAAGAAAGAUAAAAAAAAAAAAAACUAGAACGUAGAAUCUCAAUCAGAGGAGUAAAUUCGAGCAGUGUGGUCUCUACCGGCCUUCAACUUCCUGUUCCCUUAACUGGAAACAAUGGCGUCAGGAACCUUGUACACGUACCCAGAUAAUUUUAGGGCAUAUAAGGCUCUGAUUGCUGCUCAAUACUCCGGCGCGCAGAUUAAAGUUGCCGAAGACUUUGUAUUUGGUGAAACUAAUAAAACUGAAACAUUUUUAAAAAAGUUUCCACUUGGUAAAGUACCGGCAUUUGAAACAAGUGAUGGAAAAUAUCUUACGGAAAGUAAUGCAAUUGCUUACUAUGUCUCAAAUGAACAAUUACGAGGAAAAACAGACAUAGAAAAAGCAAGCAUUUUCCAAUGGUGUGGAUUUGCUGAUUCAGAAAUUCUUCCUCCAAGUUGUGCUUGGAUAUUCCCAUUACUUGGAAUUAUGCCAUACAACAAACAGACCAUCGAAGCUGCUAAGGAAGAUGUGAAGCGAGCUUUAACAACUUUAAAUUCUCAUUUACUUACAAGAACUUAUGUUGUUGGAGAACGAAUAACAUUAGCUGAUAUUUGUUUAGCUAUGACUUUACUCCAUUUAUAUCAAUACGUUCUUGAACCAAAUCUACGUAAACCAUACCAAAAUGUUAACCGAUGGUUCCAAACAGUAAUUAAUCAACCUGAAUCUGUUGCUGUAAUUGGUGCCUUUAAAUUGGCUGAAAAAGCUAUAGAAUUUAAUCCUAAAAAGUAUGCUGAGAUGCAAGGAAAGACUUCCAAAAAAGAGAAGAAAGAAAAAGAAUCAAAGAAAGAACCGAAGGAGCCAAAAGAGUCAAAAGAGGCAAAAGAGAAUGAAGAUCUUGAUCCAGUAGAAGCAGCUUUAGCUGCAGAGCCUAAAACAACAAAUCCUUUUGAUACUCUACCUAAAGGUUCAUUUGAUCUUGAUGAUUUCAAACGAUUUUAUUCCAAUGAAGAUGAAUCAAAGUCAAUACCAUAUUUCUGGCAGAAGUUUGAUCCAGAACAUUAUAGCAUCUGGUUGAGUGAAUAUAAAUACAACAAUGAAUUAACUAAAGUUUUUAUGUCGUGCAAUCUGAUUACUGGAAUGUAUCAAAGAUUAGAUAAAAUGCGUAAAGCUUCUUUUGCCAGUACCUGCUUAUUUGGUACAGACAAUGAUAGUACUAUUAGUGGUAUAUGGGUUUGGCGUGGACAAGAACUUGCUUUUACAUUAUGUCCAGAUUGGCAAGUGGAUUAUGAGUCAUACAGUUGGACAAAAUUAGAUCCAACUGAUGAAAAGACAAAGGAAUUGGUACAUCAGUACUUCAGUUGGAUUGGUACUGAUAAAGAAGGACGUGAAUUUAAUCAAGGAAAAAUCUUUAAGUAAAAUUUCAAAUUUGCUUACAGAUACAUAACGCGCUCCAUUCAGAGGCAAUAAAUGUAAAAACUGACAGAAUUUAUUAAACUUUGUCCUUGUAAA